AUGGCAAAACGCAAACGCAACGCACUCGCCCACGCCGUCGAUCCAUCCCACACCAACGCCAAAUCCGAACACGACCGCAUCGCUCUCCUCCAAUCCAAAUCUCACAUCAACCACAUCUCCGGCGGCAAGAUCAUCAUCCCUCAGAAACGAUGGUAUCGGCAACGUGCACACGCAAACCCUUUCUCGGAUCAUUCUCUGCAGUACCCCUCCAGACCGGAGGAGAUGAACUGGGGGACGAUCUUCCCACACUUCUACGAUAGAGAUGGGGAGAGGAAGUCAGGGGAGGGGGUGGAAUUUGCCGACGUGGGGUGUGGAUUUGGAGGAUUGUUGAUGCAGUUGGCGCCAUUGUUCCCGGAAAAGUUGAUGUUGGGGUUGGAGAUCAGGGUUCAUGUGACGCAGUACGUUCACGAUAAGAUCGUCGCACUGCGACUUGCAGCAGAGCGAGGACGAUUGGAACAGCCUUCUUCAACGGAGCCCGCCGAACCAUCGACAUCGACAGACACCCCAACAGCAGUAGAAGACGAGGAAGAUAUCGACGAACUCACCGCCAACGCUCAACUCGUCUCCUCGGCCCACCUCACACCGGGCUCCUACUCCAACGUAGGUGUCCUCCGCGCCAACGGAAUGAAGUUCCUCCCCAACUUCUUCCACAAACACCAACUCUCCAAGCUCUUCUUCCUCUUCCCCGAUCCCCACUUCAAGUCGCGCAAACACAAGGCCAGAAUCAUCUCCCCCACCCUCCUCGCCGAAUACGCCUACGUCCUCCGACCCGGUGGCAUAGUCUACAUCAUCACAGACGUCAAAGAGCUCUACGAUUGGAUGGACAAACAUCUCGGUGAACAUCCCUUGUUCAAGAGGCUCGUGAAGGACGAAGGCGUCUUGAAGGGGGAUCCUUGUGUAGAGGCGGUGUAUACGGCAACGGAGGAAGGGAAAAAGGUCGAGAGGAAUAGAGGCGAUAAGUGGUUCAGCGCUUUUGAGAGGUUGCCGGAUCCGAUAGAGGAGGACGAGUAA